AUGACCACUCGAACGAUCGAUGAAAGCCUUGAUCUCGACUCUCUGCUGAAAGGAAAGAGUAGGUAUGAACAACCGUAUGAGUCUUUUGAUUUCAUGAUCAAACAAAAAGAAUUAAAUUUUAAUGACUUUGGAGAAGAUACCUUGCAAGGAAUUGGCAACAGAAUUAUUGUGGAUAAUCUGGAUGAUUCAUGGAAUCCAGGAAAGGACUCGGAGCUUGAUCCAAGAGAAAUUUAUAUGAAUCACUGUUCAAAACUCGGAAUAGAUCCAACAUUUGAAUUCAUCUUUGCAUUGAAUGAUAGAAACAUCAAAUCCUGUAUAUUAUCCAAUAGGAAAAAGCUAUUGACUGACAAGGAUAUGAUUUGUAUUGCAACAGCCUUAACAACAAACAAACAUAUUACAGAAUUAGAUAUUAGCGAAAACAACUUUUCAGAAGAAUGUUCAGUAUGCCUCGGGGACAUGUUGAAAAGAAACACUGUACUUCAAAAACUAGUGUGUGGAAAUAACAAAUUGGGAGAUGAAGGAAUUUCUUACAUUUUUCAAUGUAUUGGACGAAAUCCUUUCUCAUCAAUGAUUCAUUUGGAUAUGAAAGGAAACAAAAUUAUUAACAGCUUGUCAAGUCUGAAUUCUGUGUUUUCUUCAAACAGAAUUCAUACUCUCAACCUUCAAAAUAACUUGAUUGAUGAAUCAGGUGCAUCUCUUCUUGCAUCGUCUCUUUUGAAUAAUUCUUCUUUGAAAGUACUCAAUUUACAACAUAAUAGAAUUGGUGAUAAAGGAGCCACACAUUUCGGGAAAAUGUUGGCCUCCAAUUUCAGUCUUCAGGAGUUGGAUAUUGGUUCAAACAGAAUUGGUAUUGAGGGUGUCUCUUCAUUGGUGACAGGACUCAAAAAUAACAAAUCCCUAUUGAAGUUGAAUCUUAGAUCAAAUAACGUUGGAGAUCCAGGAGCUUAUAUGUUUGCAAAAUCAUUGGCUUUAAACUCCAAUGCACUUGAGGAACUUUAUUUAGGAUUCAAUGGUAUCAGUGUGGAUGGUGCAAUCGCUUUGGCUAACAUGUUAAAAUCAAAUAAUCGAUUGAAAAAGUUUGAUAUUCAAGGAAUCAUGUUAGAUUUAAGUUCUAUGAAGAUUAUUUCCGAUUCCCUCAAAGAAAAUAAUUCACUCUUAAAGUUGUAUUUAGAUAUUGAUAGUGAUUCAACAAAAUUAGCACCUCAAGUUGCAAAAACCAUUUCUGAAGCUUUGCAGUCCAACAAUACUCUUCAGGAUUUAAUUAUUGGAGGAGAUAUGGAUUUUGAAGAAGCUUUUAAUCCAAGAACAAGUAUACCUCAAUCUUCUCCUGCUCAACCCUCUCCAAGACAUCAUUUCAUGUUGAAAGAGAGUAACAACAUUCAUACCACACAGAGUGCAUUUAAAAAAUCGGAAGUACAUUCUUCAAUGGAAAGUUCACCCAGAAUGCAUGAUCGUCACCAUUCAAGAAGUUUUAAGGGAAUGUUUGAUGAUGUUUUAGAGGAUGGAGAUAUUUCUGAUUUUGAAAGUGAACCUGAAAAUAUCAAAUUACCUCAAAUAAGAUCACCAGCAAAGAAGAAUGAAACGUCUAUUAAUCAUUAUGAAUCUGAUUCGAUCAAGUAUCAAAAGCUCAAUGAAGAUCGAUUCGAAAGAUUAGAACAAUUGGUGUUUUCAAUUCAAAAAGAAACAAGAGAUAACAUGAGCAAAUUGAGUUCACAAUUGAGAGAGGAGAUUGAUGGAGUUCGAUCUUUUGCUCUUAACAUGGUUGAUUCAUCCCUUAAAUCUUAUCACAAAAAUUUUGAAUCCAUUCUCGAACAAUAUGGAACACGUUUGAAUUCACACAAUGUGAGCCUCAACAACAGUGUUGCUGAUAAAAUGGCAUUGAACACAAGUGCAAGUCAUUCGUUGACCAUGGCCAGAGAGUCCUCUGCUUAUUUAGAGCAAUUAAAAGCAGAGUUAGAGACAAAGAUUGAAAGUGUACUGAGAGAAGCGGAAGAAAAACUGAACGGUAGAAUUUCAGAUAUUGACUACAGAUUUAAUCAAAGUAUUGCCACUCUUCAUAAGAGUGUGGAUGACAAACUUGAAAGACAACAAAAAGUUAUCGGAAGAAUGACUGAAGAGCAAAGAUGGAUCGAAGAGGAAGGAAUUAAACUCCGAGUGGAACAUGAAGCCAAAGUUGAAACCAUGAUCAAGACUCUCAAAACAGAUCUGGAACAAAUGGUUGAAGAAACAAAACAUCAACAUAACACAAAAACCAGUGCUUUGGAAAAGAAGAUUGACGAUCUGCAAAGAAAAGUUCACGAUGAUGAAACAAUAUUGAUCUCCUUGAGCCAAGCGAAAGAUGCAAAGACUAAACCAUCCUCAAGCCCAAGCUCCACUCAUCAUGUCAGUAGUAGCAAAUCCUCACCAAAAUCAACCUCAUCAGAUGCAACGUUAUCCCAAUACAAUUUAAUUCAAGCUCUUUUAUCUAAAAGCAAGGAAGUGCUGGAAAGGCAAAACAAUCCAACCCACAAUAGCAAAUCAAUUGAAUCGCGGCAUGGUCGUCCUUCAACUCCUGCAGAAAGAGAAUACUAA